AGGAAUCCAUGUGAAAUCCCCAUUUUCUCCCCAUGUUAGAUCUCUCGUCCCCGUCAAGAAAUAUUCAACAUACCACUUCGUACCACAACGUACGUUUCGUAUUUUAGGUAGGAUGCGUAUAUUGAUUUGGAGGUAAUCACCAGUUGCAGGCCUCUUUUUUACAUUCGCGUUUGACUGUAUAACUUGUUCACGUUUAUUGAGGCCCUUGCACGAGGUGGGCAAGAAAUUCAAAUUAGACUCCUAUAUUACCGGAGCUACCGAUACCGUUGUAGCGCCGAAGAUGACGCAGGGCAGCCUUGCGCAUGAAGGGUGAGUUUCGUCAUUUCGCUGCCACUUGGAGUUCGAUUCCGACCAAGCGGGUCAUUCAAGGCUAAAACAAGUGUGCUAGAAGUUGUACUGCAACCAGGCUUGUCCUUUCUUUUUUAGUUUCCUCGUCUCGGUUUGGAGGCACGAUGCCUGAGGAAGAAGGAGCUCCGGACGAGGUGGCAAUCGCCGUGGAGGGCGAGGACGAGGCGGAGGCGGGCGCGGAAGAACAGGCGGAGGAACAACCUGAGGAAGCAGGCGCAGAAGCCGACGCCACCGAUGAGAACAAGGGACAAAAGAAGGUUGGAUCGGGCAAAUACAUUUUCGAUUCGGAACAGGUUAAAGAGGUACAAGACGACAUUGACACUGCGGAUGCCAUACGCAUUGCAAGAGAUACCGAUCUGCUGGUCUGGAACAAGAUAGCAAAUUUGUGAUGUUGCAGCUCCCUGAAAACCAGAUCACCAAAAAAUUCUGUCUCGCAUGAAUCCGAAUAUAAAAUUGCCUUUUUUUUGUGACACGAACUGGGGAGUAUUUUGCAUCCAGGACGAUGAGUGGAGCCUUGUCAGAAUCUGUGAUGCUAGAUCAUGCAUUGCAGAACUUGCGGGACCACGGAGGCAUAGAAAAUCUGCAUCACAAGCAACUGCAUUCUUCCCGAGGACCCAGACGUACUACUUGCAAUCCAUACGCCAAAAUAAGGAGUAGGCUCAAAGAGAAGCCAAGCACUCUCGGUCGCGGAACCACGCUCGCAAACCUGGAAAAGGCCACGGACGAGAAUAAAUUUGCUCAAGUCGUCGCAACCGCGUUCGGAGAAGACACCGGGUAAGUAAGUAAACGUACAAUUUCACCCUAUUGACAAUUACUGACGCGUCGCGGGAUGCAAUAAGGACAUCAAUACAUAAAACUGACAGUAAAUAAAAGCUUCCCACGACCGUUGCUCUUCUGCUUUGGUUUUUUUUGGAAGAUCAUAUUGUUCUUCCUCUUCGAUAAAAAGGAUGCUUAGAAGGUCCUUUUUGGGUGAGAAGACGGAAGGUGAUGAUUUUGCAAGAACUUAUGCACCGGAAUAAACGUACAAAUACAAAACAGCAUCGGAAAGCAUUUAAAUGAGCAGUUGGCGAACCGAGAAUCGCAGCAGGGGGCGUUCGCCGUGCUGCAGGGGUCCGGCCAGGGACGGUCGAUGGGGCGGCCGGCCAGUCCGGUCACGCCGUUGGUGCAGCGCGUAUAUUCCCUCGGUCACAUGUUCGACGAGGAAGACAGCCCGCUGGCGAAGUGCGUGCGGGAGCGGAUCGCGUAUUUGCCGACGCGGAUGGAGUUUAUGGAUCCCGACUUCGACUGGUUUAAGAGUCGGUGGACCAGUGCCAACCGCGUGGAGGUGGAGCCCCUGCUCUCCUGGGAAGACCUGAUAAAGCUCCGAUGGCGACACAUGAAGAAGAACGUGGACAUGUACUGGCAGGUGUACUCGACAGCCAUGGCGGUCACAGUCUGGGGCACCACCUUGCACGUGGUCGACAAGGGCUUCAUGGGAGGAGCGCCGAUUGCGAAAGACUUCUUUCUGGAGCGAAUGCAGCUGCCCCCGCAGAUGUUCGGUAUCUUAUCUUUUUCACGCUCAGUUGUUUCCCUUUCUUUCUCGGGCACUUUGAUUUUACGUGCCCACACCGCAAAGAUAGAAUAAAGAAAAGUAGAAGACCGACAAAAUCACCUGAUGGUUUGUUCACCAUGUACCUUUUUCGUCCGAGCAGUAGACCCCUUCUCUUCUUGGAUGUCGUUUUUCUUUCUCGACAUCAAAUGUUUCGAACGAUAUGAAAAAACCUGGUGGAUGUUGUGAAAUACAAACAAAUUAUCGAUCAACGAUAAAACAGGUAUCUUCAGCGGCGUGAUUUCCUUCCUGUUGGUGAUUCGUGUGAAUCUUUCGUACGGGCGUUGGUGGAUGGCGCGGCAGGAAUUGGAGAAGUUCGCUACCCAGUUUUACAUGUUCGCCAUCACGCUCUGCUGCUGGGACCAGUUCACGGUGACCUCGGGGAAGGACCACUACCUGUUCCGCCGCCGCGUGUGCGGGUUGAUUUCCCUAAUGCACGCCAAGUGUUGCGAGGAGUUGCGCGAGAGCUACGAGUCGCCCUCCUUGGGGGACUGGUAUUUAGAGGAUUCCGUGCAGCGGACGAUGAACGACCACAGUCUCGUUCAGGAGAUCAUCGGCGUAAACAACGACUCGGAGCCGGUCCGCGACAAGACGGCGCAGGUGUACGCGUGGCUGGUGAUGCUGGUCUCCGGCCGGUUUUUCAAGUGCCACUUUGUCCCCCCGCCGCUCCUGACCCAGAUGUUCGCGCUGAUCCAAAACGGGAUGCAGUCCUUCCACAGCGCGCUGGUGAUCCGAAACACGGAGUUUCCCGAGCCCUUCACUGUGAUUGUGGUGAACUUGAGUACGCUGAUGGGGUUCCUGAUCCCGGUCGUGAUCCACCCGCUGCUGGACUUUCUGCUCUGGAAGUUUCUCCUGCUCACCAUCGCCAUGUACGGGUUCGUCGUCACGGGCCUGGUGGCCCAAAUGCUCGAGGACCCGUUCGGAACGGACACCUUCGAUCACCCACUGGAUCAGUACCAGAUAGACUUUGACAUAGCCCUGAUGGAGGUCAUCGACAAGUUCGACUACCGAGUGCCCUUCGCCACGGAAAACGGCUUGCGGGAGGACGACUACAAAAAGGCGAUGGCAGAAACCAUUCGGUGGAACAACUGCGCCCCGAAGGCACCACGGGAGCGCGUGGGACCCACACAGGGCGCGCUACGGAUCAUUCGCAGGGUAGACGCCACAAAGGACGGUAUAAGAUUGUUCAUCAGAGAAGUGGAAGUAGGGGACUCAUUCGGUUUCGUUGGUUAUCUUUUGUGCAGCAUCGUCCUGCAUCAUAAUACAUCUCUGUGUGAUCAUCCGCUUGGCGUUGUUCAUCUGAUCCGCGCAGCAUUCGCACCGAGACUCACAAUGAUCAUUCUUUUGCGCAGCUUUAGACCAGGUGACUUUAAUAUUGGCUGGAAGCACUGCCACUGAGUCUCGUCGACAUGAAAAUGUUGAUUUUAUUUCAACAAAACAGGUUGGGAUUCCGACGAUAGUUGCAUCCCCUUUGAGCAUGAGCUGAAGCCGAGGCGGCGACCGAAACUGGUAGAGGAUAAGGCAGAGCGGGUGAAGGAGCGGUUCCGAUUGAAGGAGGAACUGAAAGAGGCGGCGAAGUUCGCGCGGAUGAAGCGGGCUGUGUUCAACAUCGAGGCGUACGCCAUCAUCCAUAUGAACGAAAAGUACGGGCGCCACGAGUUCGGAAAGCAGCGGUCGAAGAGGGUCGGGGGUGACGACAAUGCAAAAAGCCCCGACGACAACAUGGCGCCGCUAGUAAGCGAGCGACCCAGCCGGCCAAGCACGUUUCGCCAAAUGCCGGUUGAUGACUCGCCUGCCAACCCGGGGAGGACGCGAGCCGCCAAGAGCAUCUACCGACCCGAUCGCGGCGGCUAAGUGGAUACUGAAUUUGUAAGAUAUGUAGGCUAGACGUUGUUUAUCAGAACGAAAGUUCUACGAACUACGUCUACUCUAGGUGUGAACCGCGAUGGAACUACUGCGGCUGCUGUUGUCUAUUCUUCCAAAAAAAAACAUGUGAAAGUCUGCUUUCCCAAACAAGGUGAAGUUUGCCUGAAGAGCAAAUCCCACCGUCGGAGAAUUUCGCUGCAACAUUGCAGGCGUCUGAUGAGCAAGGUGGUUGUACUUACUAGAGAUACGACUUUGAUCAACAUCUAUGCUACAGACUUAGCAUGGGAGAAAAAAAAUAUACCCGGAGAACCAUGAAUUUUCUUGUAAAAUUAAUAACGGCAUAAACAUAUGUCAGUGAAGUUGUGCCAAUCUCAAAAGCUACCCCGGUACAAACAGAAGUAUAAAGAUAUCAAUCGGACUUCCAAAAAGCAACGUUUAAAAAACAGUAUUACAUUAGGUUGAAAUGAAUACUUGGAUAAUUAUUCCGUUAAAUGUCAAGUGUCUUUUACUUGCGUCUGUAAUAUGGCAAUUGAUUUCUAGAGGAAGACGGCGACAAC